AUGGAUGUUAAUAAGCAAGUAACUGUAGAAAAGGAGAAAGUUACUACUCCUUACAUGACAAAGUAUGAAAAGGCACGGAUAUUGGGCACUCGAGCGUUACAAAUAAGUAUGAACGCUCCAAUUCUUGUUCCACGUGAAAAUGAAACGGAUCCCCUUGAGAUAGCUAAAAAAGAGCUUCGUUUUAAAAAAAUUCCCUUAAUGAUACGAAGAUAUUUACCAGAUGGAAGUUUUGAAGAUUGGAAUGUCAGAGAUUUGAUUAUUCCUGAAGAUGAAGAUUAUGGUAGAACGACAAACCCAGGACAAGGACAAUCAUCACAACCAUUACAAUAA